UAGGUCGGGAUGUCGGGAUUUUAAUCGGGAUCUGUCAAAAAUUGAACUCUUCCGGUUUGGUUGAGCGUGAUGGACGGUGGCGUUUUUAGAGGAAAAUUGUAAAAAUUCGAAUAAAAUAGAAAUGGUUUCGCCGAAGGCAGUGAUUGGGAUAUGUGCGGGUGUGUCGGCUACAUUAUUCAUAGGAUACUGUAUAUAUUUUGACAAAAAAAGGCACAAUGAUCCCGAUUUCAAAAAGAAACUCAAACAAAGACGUAGAGCCAAAAAAGCAGCAGCUUCUACCGGAAAACAGCGGGCUACAGUUUUUCCAGAUAUGAAAGACCACGAAGCAGUACAAAGGUUUUUCCUUCAGGAAAUUCAGUUGGGAGAGGAAUUGUUAGCAGCAGGUGACCUUGAAAAUGGGGUUGAUCAUUUGGGUAAUGCUGUAGCUGUUUGUGGACAACCAAAUGAUCUUUUACAAGUAUUACAACAGACUCUUCAGCCGAAUGUGUUCCACUUACUUAUUCAAAGACUCCCUGCUGUCGCGCCUCGCCUGAUGAAAGCACAAACUACCCCGAGUGCUUCUCUGCAGGAGGAAGACGUAGAGUGAUCACAUUUGCCUUUACUAGUCUCGUUUGUUAGAUCGUUCCAUGUACCUUAUAUUCACCUUUGUUAUUACGAUCAGAAUAAUAAAUUGGUUGAAUCAAGCAA